AUGCAACGGAACCGUAAGUUUGAAUCAGUUGUUUUAGAAGAGUUGAACUACACAGAGCUUGUCUCGAAGCAUUCCGUCAACGAAAACAUAAUGCGUCAAAGAGGGAAUAUAUUUCAUGAUGACACUAGGAUGCUUCAUCAGUACGAUGAAAUGCCUCUCACCAUGAAAGAACUCGGUGUCGAGAAAGGUUUUGAUUUUGACUUCAAAUAUGGUCAAAAAUCUGCGUGCGAAUUCAACGAAGAUUUGGCAGCCAUUCACCAGAGUAUGAUGCAAAGCCCGAAGAUAAACCGUCAUCGAAAGAAAAAGAGGAGAAAGUAUCCAAAGUUUAGAUUUGUUCCGAGCCUGGAAGCCAUCAAAGAGAACGAACUAUUUGAAACGCAUUUUGAAAGUAUAAGGAAAUUAGAGAAAGAUUUAGCCUCCAUUCACGAAGAGCGAGCCCUGAAUCGUGGUAUGUCUAUAACGGAAGAAGGAAGACGAGAACGUCGAAAAAGAGGUUCAAGAAGUUCGAGUGCAAGGAUGUGAUUGGACAAACUGACUACGACUAUGCUGGUCAAAGAAAAAAACGCUGAUACAGCCCAAUAACUAUUCGCUUUGCUGUAUUAGUUAAAAAUAACAUGGGUACAUGACUCAAAUACCGUCGAUACUUGCACAGCCAUUAAUUUACAAAUUCAUUGAAAGAAAAAAGGGAACCUUGUCAAGACUCGCCAAGAUGGAAGAUGUGAGCGUUUAACCACGAGCGACUGAGUGUAUCAGUAAAGUUAACGGCUCAAAGAGCAACAUUUAAACAACUUGUAGACGUAAAAAGCUUUCACGGUUUUUUUCAGUUUCAUCCGAAAUGUACAUUGCUCUAGCACACAUUUAUGCGUGUGGUAAAAGAGAGUCGCAAGAGAGAGAUCAGUGCAAAGAAGCAAUAACAUCCCUAUAUUGAAUGAAAUGCGGUAA